AUGGUUAAUAGUAACUAUGUUCAUAGUACUGCAUAUAUGCAAUGGUUUUUAUCCAUUCCAUUUAUGCAUGCUUCUCAAGGACAAAUCCUAGAAGACCCCCGUCAACAUGCAUCGUCUUCAUCACAACAAAGAUCUUCGUCGUCCAUGCCUCAAGAAAUCCCUCAGAUGAACCCUUCACAAUUUCAGUCCCAGACAUCUUCAUUCCCCUAA